AAAAGGACCCACCUAUUUUUGGUGAAAUGUAUUUUCCUUCGUAGUAAUAAUUAUUAGACGGCGUCAUUUCCCCAUAUAACGCAAACAAAAUUUGCAUGUAUUAGGGAGGACACUAAAGAAGAAGAAAAAAACAAGAAAAGAGAACAGAAAAAAAAAAAUAAAAAAUUAAAGAAUGAAAACAGUUGAAUGUAACACGGCAACAACCAUGCCAAUGGAGGUGGCAAGGGUACAAUCAGUAGCGUCAAUAACGAAUUGCAUGGACACAAUUCCAUCAGAGUACAUUCGUUCAAAGAACGAACAGCCGGCAGCCACAACGCUACACGGAGUGGUGCUUCAGGUGCCGGUCAUCGACAUAAGUGAUAUUGAUGCUAAUGAGGAAAAAAUAGUGAAAGCAAUAGCGAAGGCUAGCAAAGAGUGGGGGAUUUUUCAAGUGAUAAAUCACGGAAUUCCUGAUGAGGUGAUUGGGAAUUUGCAGAAAGUUGGGAAGGAGUUCUUUGAGCAAGUACCACAAGAGGAGAAAGAGUUGAUUGCGAAGAAUCCAGGAUCGCAGAGUAUAGAAGGAUAUGGUACUUCUUUGCAAAAGGAAGUCGAAGGGAAAAAAGGUUGGGUUGAUCAUUUGUUUCACAAGAUUUGGCCUCCUUCUUCCAUCAACUAUCGUUGUUGGCCUAAAAACCCUCCUUCCUACAGGGAAGCAAACGAGGAAUAUGCAAAGAGUCUCCGAGUAAUUGUAGAUAGGAUGUUUAAGUGCUUGUCACUUGGGCUUGGAUUGGAAGCCCACGAAAUGAUGGAGGCAGCUGGUGGUGAAGACAUAGUUUACUUGUUGAAGAUCAAUUAUUACCCACCAUGCCCACGACCCGAUUUAGCCCUUGGUGUUGUGGCCCAUACAGAUAUGUCCUGCAUCACCCUUCUUGUCCCAAAUGAAGUCCAAGGCCUCCAAGUGUUUAAGGAUAGCCAUUGGUAUGAUGUGAACUACAUACCAAAUGCCCUAAUUGUCCAUAUCGGUGACCAAGUUGAGAUUCUUAGCAAUGGUAAAUACAAAAGUGUGUACCAUCGGACAACAGUGAACAAGGACAAGACAAGAAUGUCAUGGCCUGUUUUCUUGGAGCCCCCAUCAGAGCAUGAAGUUGGGCCAAUCCCUAAGCUGGUUAAUGAGGCCAAUCAACCCAAAUUCAAGACCAAGAAGUAUAAGGAUUAUGUCUACUGCAAGCUUAAUAAACUUCCUCAGUGAAGAAUUAUGUACGCCAGUGAUUAUUAGCUAGUAAUUUUAUCUAUACCAUCGUUUUGUACUUGCCAAAACGUAUCUUAUGCCCUGAAGGAAUUUAUGCUUAAUUUUAAGCUGUUUGAAACGUUGGCGUGAAUACUUUAUUUUAAAUGAGCAGGCUGAAUUUGGGCAUGUUAAAUGGA